UACUUAGAGUCGCUUUCCCUGUACGAAAAGGAACAGCUGUAAUUGAUAUACUUAAUAAAGCUAAAAAGAAAGUCUUGCAUGCUCACCUAAAAGUUAAGGGUGUUAGUAAAAGAUUGAGGCCCACUCUACGGA